AUGAAGUCUUCUCUUCUCCUCCAUCUUCUGUUAUUGAUUGCCACGUCGGCAUCGGUGGUGGAAACCUACAAAAUACUAUUCUACACCAACUUGUUCGGUCAUAGUCAUGUGAAAAUGUUGGCGGCGGCGGCUGAUGUUCUCACCGAUGCGGGUCACAAUGUGGUGAGUGUAACUUGAGAACGACAAGGUAUGCGGUAAAAUGAUCAAUUACAAAGUUGUAGAGCACAAAAUUUGCAACAACUUUUCUGUUGAUCAUUUUCUGAAAAAGUCACAGCAUCUUGAGAUAAAUCGGUUCAAACUUGAGGUUAUAGGAAAAGUGAUGUAAACUCUGAAUUUUCAAGUUGUAGACAUUCAAAUUUAUGAAAAAUCGAAAUUUGUGGACAAUGUAUUGAAGCUAGAAAUGUUUGUGAAUCGACAGUCAGAUAGUUUAGUGAUGUUUGUGAAACAGUGAGUGUUAUUUUUAAGGACCACUAUUGAUUUUUAGGAUCUUCGGCUUAUUUUGCUGAAAAACGAAGAAUUCAUUUUUAGACGGUCCUAAUGCCAGUGUUCGCCCAAAAUCUCUCAACAUCACUCAAGUCGACGAAGAAUACAAUAUUCGUAGAAGCCACGGAGGAAGUUGCCAAUUUCGCAAAGCUCCGGAAGAAGUUUAUGGCGAACAUGUGGAUGGAGGACAAUGCAAACCCGCUGAACCUGCUCAAGGUUCAAAGUGAUAUAUCUCGGCUGCGAAUGGAGAUAUCAAAAAGUUGUCAACUAGACAAUUGUUUAUCAAGAAAUUGUGCACAUUUUGCUAGUUGACAACUUUUUGAUAUCUCUAUCGACAGAUGAGUUAUGGUCGGUAGAAAAAGUGUUUGUUUCAGAGGCUGGAUACAUUGUCGAAAGUGUUCAGAUCUCAGUGCAAACAAGUGUUGUCGCAAAGCGAUUUGAUUGAGAAGUUGAGAGCCGAGAACUAUGAUUUGGCGAUCACGGAACCAUUUGACACUUGUGCUUAUGGUAGGUUUUAGGGCAGGAAACAUUUUUACCGCAUCAUCUCAUCGUUGCAGCCUUCUUCGAAGCGAUCGAAAUCCGUGCGCACGUGGCGGUGCUCUCCAGUUCCCGUCUGGAUCAUGUCUCUGACGUCAUCGGCCAACCGGCGGCGCUCAGCUACAACCCGGGCCUUCUUUCGAACAACGGCGAGCGAAUGACGCGGUGGCAGCGGUUCGUGAACGCCAUCCAAUACGCCUCCGGCUCCUACUUCUUCGGAUACGUCGGCGAUCAGGACGCCGCCAUCGCACGCGACAUCAAUGCCACGUGGCGGUCGUGGCGCGACACGUUGCCAGAAGCCUCGUUCAUCCUGACCAAUCAGAUCCCGUUGCUCGACUUUCCGGCGCCGACUUUCGAUAAAAUAGUGGCGGUCGGCGGGUUGUCCGUCAAAACGGACCGAAAAUCGCUGAAACUCGAGGAGAAAUGGAGUCGCAUUCUUGAUGUUCGCAAGAAGAACGUCUUCAUUUCGUUCGGAUCGAAUGUGAGAUCGGUGGACAUGCCCGACGAGUACAAGUAAGUGAAAACUUGUUUCAAAAAUUUGGACAUUUCAACAAAAAAUUCUUCGGUUUCAUGAAGCAACAACAUUUUCGAGUGUUCUUCAGACUUUUUUGAUCCGCAACACGGAACCCCAGCCCGUUCCAAUAAAAAAUUCCCUUGGCGCAAUUCACGUGCGCUAAACAAGGCGCGUAACGCGUAAUUCCGGAGCGUCGUUGUAGAGUUUCUCAUUUCAAUUUUCCCUUUUUUUGCAUUAUUCCCAUCUUUUCAGAACCAAUCAGUGUCAAAACUUAUGAUAAUGAUUAGAAAUGAAUAAAAAAUGAAAUUUUAACUGCUUCGUCAUCAAUUUCGAAACGUUUUAUGUGAAAAUUACAGAAUUUUUUUCGUUUUGGAAUCGAAAUUAUCUCAAUUCUGUAUAUUUUUCGACGGUUGAGCGCUUAAAAGAUGCGCAAUAAACUCCUUGUUGACUGGACGGUUCGAAUGCCAGUGUCCGAACUCGAUUUUCGGCAAAUAAUCGUUAAAACUCCGUUUUUUUUCAGUAGUUUUCGACAAAAUCCCUCAAUUUGGUCAAUUCUGAACGAAUCUGCUCCGUUUCGCGCUUAAAUCGAUGCUUUUAACUCAGAAAAUCACCCUACGGUUCGCAAAGAACAAAAUUUGAGUGUUUAUCAAGAGAAAAACGGAAGAAUUCUGGGUUUCAAUUCAAAAAAGAAACUCCGAGCCGACGGUGGAUGCAAGCGCGCCCCAUUGACAACUCGCUUGCGCAUUGGAAUGCUGGGGUUCCGUGCGCAAUCCAAAAUGUCUCGAAAAUAUUGUCAGUUUCAGCAACGCUUUAUUGUUUUACUCGAACAUCCAGUAUUUCAAUCAUAUUUCUGUCAUUUACGCAUCUCCAAACAUUUCCAGAAAGUCACUUCUGCAAGUGUUCGCCUCAAUGCCGGACACGUCGUUCAUUUGGAAGUACGAGGACGCGAACGAUCCGAUUGUCGACCAUUUGGACAAUGUCUAUCUGGGCGAGUGGCUUCCGCAGAACGAGCUGCUCGCCGAUCCGCGGUUGAGCGUUUUUGUGACUCACGGAGGACUCGGAUCCGUCACCGAGUUGGCGAUGAUGGGAAAACCCUGUGUUAUGGUGGGUGUGUGUGUGUGUGUGUCCGAGUUUAUGUGUCUGACUGAAUUGCUUUUUAUUGCCAUAUUCACUGUCCGAGCCCCAGCGCUUACAGUCAAAGUUGUGGCCGUGGCCCAGAAAAGUUCUAGGCCGUGUGAUGUUUUCCGGAUUUUUUUUGCGUUCGGCCGAAUCUUCAUACGUUGCAAAACAUUCACACAAAUCAGCAUCCACACAUAAUAGCGCAAGAGCAUCAAACUGCUCACAGGGAAGAGUUUUCACACCGGAGUUUCCUAGGCCACGGCCACAACUUCAACUGCACGCCGUUUCGUUCAUUGGCAUUUCUGUGAGAGUCAGCAUUUCACCAGUGUAUGAGGCAAUAAGAGACAAUUCAAACAGACACAAAAAAAAAUUUCACAACAAAAAUCAAAAAAUUUGAGGGUUCUCAAGUCUCGGAAAACCCGCAAAUCUCGCGGAUUUUGCAGUCCAAAGUCGGCAGAAAAUUGCGGGAAAUCCGGGGAGCGCACAGCUGAACGAGUGUUACCGUACACCAUAAAACUACGGUAUUUUUUGAAAAAAUUUAAAUUUCUCGAGAAUAUUUGAAAUUUUUCAAAUUUCUUGGCUAAAUUUUCAACGGUAUUUUUUGAAAAAAUUUAAAUUUCUCGAAAAUAUUCGAAAUUUUUUUCAAAUUUCUUGGGUAAAUUUUUCAACGGUAUUUUUUUGAAACAUUUUUAAAUUUCUCGUGAAUAAUUGAAAUUUUUUUCAAAUUUCUUGGGUAAAUUUUUCAACGGUAUUUUUUUUGAAAAAAAUUUUUAAAUUUCUCGAGAAUAUUUGAAAUUUUUUUCAAAUUUCUUGGGUAAAUUUUUCAACUGUAUUUUUUUGAAAAAAAUUUAAAUUUCUCGAAAAUAAUUGAAAUUUUUUUCAAAUUUCUUGGCUAAAUUUUUCAACGGUAUUUUUUUUGAAAAAAAUUUAAAUUUCUCGAGAAUAUUUGAAAUUUUUUUCAAAUUUCUUGGGUAAAUUUUUCAACGGUAUUUUUUUUGAAAAAAAUUUAAAUUCUUCGAGAAUAUUUGAAAUUUUUUUCAAAUUUCUUAGCUAAAUUUUUCAACGGUAUUUUUUUUGAAACAAUUUAAAUUUCUCGAGAAUAAUUGAAAUUUUUUUAAAUUUCUUGGGUAAACUUUCAAAAAAAUACCGUAGUUUUAUGGUGUACGGUAACACUCGUUCAGCUGUGCGCGCCCCGGAUUUCCGCAAAUUUCUGCGAGAUUUGCGGGUUUUCCGAGACUUUGGACGCGCGGCAUAGUCCUUUUAUUUGCGUUCCAACCCCAAGCGGAUCUUUUUCACUUUUUGCAGGUGCCCCUGUUCGCCGAUCAAUCCCGCAACGCUCAAAUGCUCAAAAGACACGGAGGAGCGGCGGUGCUCACCAGACCGGACCUCUCCUCUCCGGAUCCGCUCCGUCAGACCCUCGAAAAUGUGAUGAGCGAGCCGAAAUACCGUCAAAAUGCGGAGCGUCUCGCCGAAAUGCUCAUUAAUCAGCCGACAAAACCGCGCGAGACACUGCUCAAAUACGUGGAAUUCGCGGCCAGGUACUGUAAAUGACUGUUUUUGUGAAAUUCGAAACCGACAAUCUCAGAUUCGGAAAACUGCCCUCGUUGGACAACUACGGACGGCAUCAGAGCUACAUCGAGUAUUACUUUCUAGAUAUUAUCGCUCUGCUCGUUGUGGUCACGUCCCUCAUCGUCUAUUUCAACUAUCGAGUUGCGAAAUGGGCGAUGGGGCGGUGGAGAAGUGCGGAAAAGGCAAAGAAUGAAUAA